GUGAAUUCUCUUCUUUUCGGCGCUAGUCGCGCAUGCGCAGCAUCUCGAGCGCGGCUUCUCAGACACGGGCGCACUGAGCAUAGGCAGCGGCGCACAAAUUGCGCAGUCGAGGCGCAGUGGCACUCUCGAUGCAUUGCAGGUGAUGCCGUGUUAGAGUGCAAGAAAAGUUUGUGAAGCUAAACUACCUUGCACACAUGACCCUGUGUGUAAUGUUAUUCUUGCGCAAUAAAUGGCUAAACUCUAUCUGAUGACUCAAACUCCCUGACCAGAGUUCUGUGGCGGUCAAUAACACAAUCACCAGUAACAGCGGAUAAUCCACAACAAAUGGUCCUUCGAGCCGGAUUAAUUGAAUACCGCAGUGAUGUCAUCAGAGGAACAAGCAGCCUUGGUCUCUUAUGCUGAAGCACUGAAUAGGCCCUCCAGGCAGCGCCGCACACCCAAGCAUCUUGAGGAUUAUCUUAUUGACUGUAGCCACCGACGGGGCAGUUCCUCACAGCCUGCAGUAGAUGCGUCUGAGGAUCAGCGAGGAGCUGCAGCAGCAGUGAGCAUGACUAGUCAAAUGCAAACAUCUUCCAGACAGGAUGGGCAUCCAACUACAAGCCCUAUGGACUUAAUGUCGAUGAGUUCUCUGAGGGAGUUACUUAAGUCUAUGUCUGAUAAGGAAAGGGACGAGGUCGCUGACAUGGCUGCGCUGCAGAGACAGCUUAAGCACUACGAACAACGGCGGAGAAGGCGAAAUGAGCUGAUGGAGCAUAUCACAUCGUUUCUGAGGGAAGAAGGUGAGGAGGAUCAAGGUGUAAAUCUUGCCAUGUCACCUACCCAAUCACCUCCAGAAAUGUCACUAUGCUCGCCUUUAUCAUCAAGGCAUUCUACUCUCCCACAAUCACCAGACAGUGAACUGCAUGCCAACCAAAAUGCAUGUGCCACCCCAGUAGGUGCCAGAAAGCCUUUGGUGGAGGACUCAAAUCCUGACUUCGUACCUAUAUAGCCAGCCAGCACAUUCCCCAGAUAUACACCGGUUUCGUCAGGUAGUCUGCAUUCUCUUUGGCCUGAACAGCAGCAUGCUACAGGAGGAGGGACUGUACCGCUAAUGCGUACUGAGCAGCAGGAUGUUUCUGGAGCGGGUUUUCAGCGCCAAGUGCAGCAACCGCUACAGGCUCCACUACCAGCCUUUCAGCCCCUCAACGUGCCUUACGUUCAUUCACCAGCUGCACUCUCUUUACAAGGGCAUGUCACAGCUCCAGUCCUAGCCACCCCUUGCAUACAGCCUUUCAGCCAGACUCUGAAGCAC